CAAUGGGUGGAGCGUAUCCAUGGGUUACCUGACGAGACAAGGGUGCAGGAGCAAGCAGAGUAGCCCUUUCCUCCUUUUAAACUAAAGACAAGCCAACUGCUGGACUACAUUUACUUAGUGAAGAAAAAACCACCUCUGUCCAGGUAAGAGGUUACUACUACUUAAUCUUUGCGAUAAUCUCACUCAUGCAGUUAUGAGUUGUGACAACCAGCUUGAAGCUAUUACCUGUAUGUGGUGUCGUGAACGUCGGCCAUUUCAUGUGGCUUGUAAACAUAUUAUCUUCCUGUUACAACUGUUCAAACAAUGAGGCCAUGUACAAAUACUUUCCUUUAUGGUGCUACUAAUUCGUAUUGGAACUUCCAGUGCUCCAUUGUGAGCGAAUGGUUUGUGGUUAGGUAUGAGUGUGAAUGAAAGCCCUGUUUUACAAUGUAUUAUUUGUAUAAUUGAGUCACUGGCAGUGAUAUGGAGGUUUUGACGCAGGUUGGUAACCUUGGCAGAAGUUUUCUUUCCACUAACAAACCCGUGGACGAUAUGCUAUCUGGCUGGCAUCGACUCACCCAACCUGGGACGGUUGACCUUCGGGCCCUCCUGGACUCUGAGCAGCGGAGGAGAGAUCUGGAGGUCAGUCUGGCUCAGGUCCAAAAUGCCCUGCAGAAACAGAGGGUCAGAAUGCUCCAUAGAAUUGGCCCAGGGAGCCAACAUGCACUUCCCCAGGUAAUGGACAUAACUACUGUAGUUAGUGUAGGCUGUGUCCCUUAUCACCACUGAUGCCACUUUCCAUAGUUUUCUUCAGUUUGAUAUCAGAGAUUCUAAAGGAAGGGAAUUUAGGCUAAUGACACAUCAGAAUAAAGACAUAGCUGAGUGGGUUUCCUUUCUCACAAGGUCACUGUGCUAACCUGUGCCAUGGUUUGACCCAUAUUUGUUCAUUGCCUCCCCCACAGAUGCUUGUUUUGAAUCUUGGGCAGAUCAAACGACCAGUAAACCUCCAUCCCAGUCUGUUAUCAGGGAGCAACUACAUCCCACCAUAUGGUGACCUUUAUACAAGGUAAUGAAGAACUAUGGCGCUUGAUGGUCAAUGCAAUGAAUCAUUUUUUGGCUUUCUCUUUUUGUAUUUUUAUCAGGACUUUUCUGUCUCAUGUCCUCAGAGUGGGCAGGCUAGAGUUAGACUUGGAGAUCAUUAGCGCCCAACUGGACCAGGUUCUCUGUUCUGGAGGAAAGCGUCUCCACGGGAAUGGACCCCCACCCCAACAGGACAGCUUGACUCCUGUAAGCCCUUGAUAAUCAUAGGAAACUAGUCUCCCAGUGGCAAAAUGAAAGUUGCCCAGUAUGAAAGGCAUAUGUCCACUGAAAUUAGAUGUCUUUCAAUCUAUCAGUUUGACCUCUGUCUGUCAAUCAGGAGAAAUGCUUCUGUACCGUUCGCCCACAGUGCCAGAGGGAGGACCAUAAUAUGACCUCCCAGCUUAUUGCUCAAGCAGUUGACAAAGGACAACUACUGAAAGUAAAGCACUCUGUAUUUCAUCCUUUUAACUAAUAACAUGCCAAAACUGACACGCAUUGUAAACACCUUGAGUUGAGAAAAAAGUUCUGGAAGGCUGACUCAACUGUGCUUGGCCAUCACCCAAGAAACUGGUGUUUUCAGGAGCGAGACAACCUUGAGCGUCUACUGGAGGAUUCCAGGGCCCAGCAGCAGCUGAUGGAGCAGGGGAGGGAGGCCCAGAUAGCAGCCCUUCACUCCCAGCUGUACCAGGCACGCUCCAGCCUCCAGGAGACCCACAGAGGGAGACUGGCCACACAGGCAGAGCUACAUGGCAGCAAGCAGGUAGUCAUGGAAGACCAGACCAACUAAACUUGUACAGGGAUUUAGACCCUAAAUGGAUUGCAGGCUGUUCCGUCGUACAUGUAAUCUUGCAGAGCCAGACGUGUCUAUCAGUAGUAUCUAACCCAGGCAUUAUCUGAUAACACAUGACUAACUGAAAACUGAAGGGUAUUGUGAACCAGUAGAAAAUAAAGUAAUGUUUUACCAAUCAUAUAGUAACAGUUGCCUCUAUCAUAAGAAUGCCACGAUAAGGCCAUUCACUAUUUUCCAUAACACCACUUGGUUGGCUGAUGCUCUGCAGAUAAAUGAGUCCCUGCUACAGGAGGUGGCAUCUCUCAGACGGAGGCCGGGGGCUGCAGAGGAGCGGGCCUCCCUGAUGGAGAGUGACGGACGCCUUCUCAGGGCUCGCAUAGCAGCACUGGAGACUGAGCGGGAGGAGCUGCUUCAACAAGGACACCUCGCCACAGGGAGACGACACCCCUCAGCCUUUGGGUAAGGAACCCCCACCCUCUAUCAUUGAUGCACUUGCAGAUCUGAAAGGAUCAGAUGGAUAUAAUCAAUAUAGUUCCACUUUGCUCUCUGAUAGCCUAGGUGGAAUUUUCUCCAUAUUGCUGCCGUACACUUAUGCAACCCUUAUGGUCUUCAUAAGGGUAAAGUGGGUAGGGGUGGAUUUGGGAUUGAAUUAGUGUCUCUACUUUUAUCUUGAGCUCAAGGGGAAGUUUCUCGUCUCAGUGUUUUCACUCUUGGCAUCGUCAGAGUGCUGAGAGCUCCAGAACACAGAGAAACAGUCAGCCUUAUAACAGACUAACAAGAAGCAGGGGUUUGUCUGUCCAAUUUUUGCUAAACACAUCUGUUUGUGUUUUAGGAGCGCUUGGGAAAUGGAUGUGGAAGAUGCCGAAAAGUCAAAGGAGGGGGUGAGGGAGGAGAGUGCCGUGGAGGAGGAAGAUGAGGAUGAGGAAAAUUAUGAAGAGGAGAGAGUAGAAGGGAAGAAUGUGUCUGUGGACUUAAGACUUCAGAUCCAUGAGGUGCCUCUCUCUAAGCCUGGCCCACAUAUAACGGAAGAGAACCAGGUAAAUGACUAUUUGAGGGUCCUUUCCUACAGCACCAUAUCACGUGGAGGCAACCUAACAUAUGGUUGUGAUGUUUUCUUUCAAACAUACCUCUCCUCCAAAUCCCACUUCAACAGCUCCCAAACUUUUAUUUUCCCCAACAUACUCAGUUGAAUUCAUUAGAACAAAUAAAAAUGCUAUAUAAUUGAACUAGCAUAGUUUUCUUUUAACCUUGGAAAUUAUUAAGCCAUGGCUUUUAUUACACUUCUAGUACAUUGGCUCAUUAAAGACCCAUUGCCAGUAAAAUAUAACUUUAUUAAAGUUGAAAAAGUACACAUUUCCCCUUCAUGCAAUCCGAUAAACUAUUUUAAGCUAGGAUGCUAAUUAUCUUUGCAGUUUACUGUGCUACAUGUUUCACUAUCCAGUAUCAAGCUAACACAUGCUCUAUAGACAAGCUAUAGACAUACUUAUGAGUUAUAUGGACUGGAUUCCUGAGCAUUCACUGUCUUCGAAUACUACUGAUAAAAGAUAAUGCUGGACAGUCUCUGCUUCUGGUCUGUGAGGGGAAGGAGGGACAUCUGGAGAGCCUCUUCUCUAUCAGCUGUGCUCAAAUCAACAAUGUAUACAUUGUAACAACCUUACGUAACAGCAAACCUGUUACAGCCACAAAGCCCAUGAACAACUUCCAAUUAUUAAUGUUACAUUGGGCAACACAGGGUGUCAUUGUUUUAGUCUGAGGACUCUGACAUGUUCUUGUUUAUUCUUGAAGCUGGUGAAGAGUUUUGACUUCUGGCUUACGCUAAUACUAAUCCCUAUCCGAGACUAUUUUCUUUGGCCCUGAGCUUGUGGUCCACGGUGCACUGCCUUUUACUGCCCUGGUCCCUGCGGACACAUAAACAUGGUUUUCGUGGGAUAUGCAGACUGGAAAGACUUUGUUGGAAUACUGCAGGUCUAGACACUUUCCCUCACCGAUAUGACAAUGUCAUUAUGAAGGGACCAAUCAGAGAACAGGGUUAUGAUGAUAUCUUUAUGAAGGGACUAAUCAGAAAUCAGUGUUAUGACAAUGUCAUUAUGAAGGGACCAAUCAGAGAGCAGGAUUAUGAUGUCCUUAUGAAGGGGGCAAUAGACAGCAGGGUUAUAACGAUGUCAUUAUGAAGGGACCAAUCAGAGAGCAGGGUUAUGACGACGCCAUUAUGAAGGGACAAAUCAGACGGUAGGGUUUUGACAAUGUCAUUAUAAAGGACCAGUUAGUGAGAAGGGUUAAAAUAGAAAACUAAGUAUAGGAUGUAAAGAAUGCUAUCCUAGACAGUAGUAUUAUUCAAAGACAGAGGUAAAGACCGAGGUAAUGAAAGUUAUUUUUCCUUCGUUCUUUUCACUUCCAAGUACACAAUGCUUACUCAGGAAUAGGUGUUACAGUGAGGGGAAAAAAAGUAUUUGAUCCCCUGCUGAUUUUGUACUUUUGCCCACUGACAAAGAAAUCAGUCUAUAAUUUUAAUGGUAGGUUUAUUUGAACAGUGAGAGACAGAAUAACAACAAAAAAAUCCAGAAAAACGCAUGUCAAAAAUGUUAUAAAUUGAUUUGCAUUUUAAUGAGGGAAAUAAGUAUUUGACCCCCUCUCAAUCAGAAAUAUUUCUGGCUCCCAGGUGUCUUUUAUACAGGUAAUGAGCUGAGAUUAGGAGCACACUCUUAAAGGGAGUGCUCCUAAUCUCAGCUUGUUACCUGUAUAAAAGACACCUGUCCACAGAAGCAAUCAAUCAAUCAGAUUCCAAACUCUCCACCAUGGCCAAGACCAAAGAGCUCUCCCAAGGAUGUCAGGGACAAGAUUGUAGACCUACACAAGGCUGGAAUGGGCUACAAGACCAUCGCCAAGCAGCUUGGUGAGAAGGUGACAACAGUUGGUGCGAUUAUUCGCAAAUGGAAGAAACACAAAAUAACUGUCAAUCUCCCUCGACCUUGGGCUCCAUGCAAGAUCUCACCUCGUGGAGUUGCAAUGAUCAUGAGAACGGUGAGGAAUCAGCCCAAAACUACACGGGAGGAUCUUGUCAAUGAUCUCAAGGCAGCUGGGACCAUAGUCACCAAGAAAACAAUUGGUAACACACUACGCCGUGAAGGACUGAAAUCCUGCAGCGCCCGCAAGGUCCACCUGCUCAAGAAAGCACAUAUACAGGGCUGUCUGAAGUUUGCCAAUGAACAUCUGAAUGAUUCAGAGGAGAACUGGGUGAAAGUGUUGUGGUCAGAUGAGACCAAAAUCGAACUUUUUGGCAUCAACUCAACUCGCCGUGUUUGGAGGAGGAGGAAUGCUGCCUAUGACCCCAAGAACACCAUCCCCAUCGUCAAACAUGGAGGUGGAAACAUUAUGCUUUGGGGGUGUUUUUCUGCUAAGGGGACAGGACAACUUCACCGCAUCAAAGGGACGAUGGACGGGGCCAUGUACCGUCAAAUCUUGGGUGAGAACCUCCUUCCCUCAGCCAGGGCAUUGAAAAUGGGUCGUGGAUGGGUAUUCCAGCAUGACAAUGACCCAAAACACACGGCCAAGGCAACAAAGGAGUGGCUCAAGAAGAAGCACAUUAAGGUCCUGGAGUGGCCUAGCCAGUCUCCAGACCUUAAUCCCAUAGAAAAUCUGUGGAGGGAGCUGAAGGUUCGAGUUGCCAAACGUCAGCCUCGAAACCUUAAUGGCUUGGAGAAGAUCUGCAAAGAGGAGUGGAACAAAAUCCCUCCUGAGAUGUGUGCAAACCUGGUGGCCAACUACAAGAAACGUCUGACCUCUGUGAUUGCCAACAAGGGUUUUGCCACCAAGUACUAAGUAAUGUUUUGCAGAGGGGUCAAAUACUUAUUUCCCUAAUUAAAAUGCAAAUCAAUUUAUAACAUUUUUGACAUGCGUUUUUCUGGAUUUUGUUGUUGUUAUUCUGUCUCUCACUGUUCAAAUAAACCUACCAUUAAAAUUAUAGACUGAUCAUUACUUUGUCAGUGGGCAAACGUACAAAAUCAGCAAGGGGAUCAAAUAUUUUUUCCCCCACUGCACAUAAUGUUAUUACAUUCAAACAGAGCAAUACUAGCACUUCAAAUGCUUAUUCUUGGAGCGUACUGGUCUCAUUUCCCCUCCAGUUUGGCUGUGCGUGCCCUCAUUUUAUUGGUUGUAACUGAAAGGUAUGUUCCCAAAACCAUGUACUUCUACCCGAGUCUGGCUGAUGCCACCUUGCAUGACUCCACACUGGCACAGACAAUCGUUCUUGAUUUGAGGGGAGCUGGAAACUUCCUGCUCACUUACUUACUCACUCACACACAUACCCAUUCUCUCUCUCUCUGUUACUCUCACUCUCUCUCAAAUUAUGAGGAAAUGGGAUAAUGACCCUGUCAUGAGGUUUUCCGUUGCCGUCAUCAGAGUCCCAGAUUUCCCUGUGUUCUCAGUGUCUGCUAGUCCCUGUUGCGUUUUACAGGCCCCAUGUCUGCUGAAUUCAACAAAGAUACAAACUGCAGACUUUAGCAAAUCCUCACAAAGUCAAACUGGGUAUGUCUCAUGUUAACAUUGGCCCACAAUCGACUUCAGAUAAGUGCAAACUCAGUUUUAGUGCAAUAAAGUUGCAUUUAUCACUACUAUUCAUACUAUACAAUGUUAAUGCAACCCAACCAUUCCAUGUACAGAACCUGCAGGAGCCCUUGUGCCAAUCCUCAUUUUGAUAACCCAAGAGAGUUACACCAGCAGGUAAGAUUGAUCAUUCUGACCCAUUCUGCAGCAAUGAGUAGUGCUAGAGUAGUUAGUGGGCACUGAAGCACAUAACAAAAGGUUACACGUGGAGAUUGAAGAGACACACCUCUCUGUUCCACAUAACAUGUCUUCCAUGCAUUCCAUUCUAUUUGCUACUGAAUAAUUAUGUACUUCCUUCAGUUUUGCUGGCAGUGAACAUCCUGGCAGUGAAGUAGCCACAGAUGGCAUACUUGGUGGCCUUAGGACCAGUGUUUAUCAUUAAGCUUUACUUUAUACCUUCCUUACUCGUCUGUGUCUUUAUUCUUCUGCUGUCAAUGAUGUGUCCAAUGGUCGUCACAGGACAGAGAGGAGAAAGGGCCGGGAUUGGUCGAUCGCUGGAAUCCAUGGCAGCACGAGCCAAUAGAAGCCAAUCAAGUGAGUUCAUGGCAUCGUCAUAAUCCAAUUCUUGGCAUCACCUCACACCAAGUUGCCCUAAUAUCAUGUAGUGACUUGGAAAGGUAUUGACACAAAACUGACUUAAUUCUAUCAGUGAAGAUAAUUGCAUGUUAUUACUGGUAACUGUACACUUUGAUCUAGUGAGCCCCUAUUUUCAUUGUAUAACAGCUGAACGAGUGGCUAACCAUAGGAGUAGAUGAACUUGUCCUUUCUGCAGAUGACUGCACUGAUCAUAGAGCUGCAGCAGCUGAGAACGGCCUGUGAAGAGACAUCAUCCACACUACCUGUCUCCCCCAAGGGCCAGAGAGUGGCUGGAAAGAGCUGCUCUGCUCAAGGUAGGACUGGCAACCCACCACUCCUGGUUUGGUUCAGAGUCUCCCAGAGGCUUAUUCUCUCAACAAGCAGUUAAGCUAUUUUUCUAAUAACUGAAUUGAAUCAAUUAUGUAUUGAAUUAAUGAAAAGAAUGUGGACAGAUUUCUGUGUGGGAAUACCAUUGUGUGUUUAUGCUUCUACAGUUGGCAUGGCCAAUAUGUGCUACUAUACCAGUGGUUCCAGUUAUAUUGCCAAUACCUGUUAUUUUGUUUGAAAGUCUGUUUUUCUCUGUGUGGGAGAGAUGGAGGAGAAUAGGAAUGGGCUGGCUGUCCUGGAGAGAGACUGGAGUUCUUCAGGUGGUACCUCCAGGAUCAUUGGCAAAGGAAGAAGUAACCCACUACAUUCACCUUGAUCCUUGACUAUGUAGGACCACAUUUCCAUAUUCUCCACAAUCAUCGAUGCUUUCUUUUACAAAGACAUGUCUGUUUGCAUAUGCAAUAAAUCAUGUCUCAAUCAAGACAGCAGGAAGUGUUCAGCUGAGUCGCUGCGUAUUAAAUUGUGAUCUGAAGUACAUCCUCAAGAACUCCUUUAAUUUUUUCUGACAUCACCCGCAUUGUGGACUGUGUACAGUAUUUGGUUUGUCAGUUUAAUAUAAAUAUUGGACUGGAUUAAAUACAACUCUACUAUCCCUAGGCCUCCUUUAUGGGUAUAACAGUUGGACAGAAAAAUAACACUGCUGGCAAACAAUACCCCACAAGGAUCUCACCCCCCUCAUAUCAUUUACUUGUAUUAUGCAUGUACACAAGCUUAUUUGAAAAAAUACAGGUCUUUUUCAGGCUCCAUUGCAUAGGCUAACCUAUCAAAACAUAUUCCAAAGAUUACACAAUUUAUGGUUGGCCUGCAUGCACAUUGUCUAAACAGUGAAGAAAAGUUAAUAUUGAUUGUGGCUGAGUGUGUGGAGGAAUUAGUCACUUCCUUGAAUGGGUCUUGCUCAAUAUUAGACCUAAUGGUCAUUGCGUACUGUGUGGUUUGCUCUUGUGAUCUGUUUGAUACCCCUCCCUUGCAGUACAGGAGGUGAUUUCCUGCAUACAGUCGUCAUCCGAGUCUGACUUGCCAGUAGAUGACAGCUAGUAAAUGAAAGUGGCGUGCCCUUUUGUGGACAGGUUUGAACUCUUUUUCUUUAAUUUUUUCUUAAUCAAUGCGACUUCUUAAUCAAUACAGUUAGAUUACUUAUUUAUUUCACAUAAAAUAAGAAUAGAGUAGAUAUUAUCAACCAAGGACAUUGUCCUUACUCAUGGGUACAAAAUAUGUUUAAAAAAAUUAUCAGAAUAGGUGUUGUUGACUGCUGUGAUUAUUCACACAGCGCAACACACUGGGGUCAAAAUCCCCUUCAACUGAUAAGAUCAAAGGACUUGAUUCAUUUGAAAUACACUGCAUUCAUCACUCAGUUACAUUUCCCUCCGUAGUCACGGAGGAGAGGAGACAAGGAAAGGAGACUACCACACCAAUGCCUCAUUGCCUUCAAAUGAUUGAGGCGAACCCCACUAAUUCAGACUGUUCGAGCGUACUUCUCCGGAGCAGAGUGCUCCCCUAGCCUAAAAGGAUCCGUCGGCCAUCCUCCCAUCAUGCUGGGCCGUAAUGUUCUCACA